AUGCAAAUGUUAAAUAGAGUUCUAGGAAAAAGAACGUUGGUUCCUUUAGCGACACUUGUUGUGCCACGACGCAAUUUUAGCGCAACACGUUUCGUAAGCGAAAAGUCAAACAAGACAUCCAUGGAACAAGAAGACAAGGAAGAGUUGGAGCGUGAACGUCAAUUACGUGAACGCUUUUCAGAAAAAAUACAAGAAGCCAUGCCUCAGUAUGGACAACAAGGAUCAGGAAAUUGUUAUUCUGGUAAUUGUGGUGCACAACCAACAUCAUCAUCUGUACAAUUUUUUCGUUUCUUGUUCUUUAUGACCUCUCUGUUUAUUCUUAUGGCUUUUAUGCAACUCUCAGACACAAACUCGCCCUUUAACAUUAUGCAAAAUAUUCCCUGGUGGCAGCUUCCUAUAUCCAGUGCAGCACAUUUUGUGCUUAUGCGUGCUCUUUUACCAUUCAGGGAACAACGUCGUAUAAAGGAAGAGUAUGAAACUUCUGUUCAACUUAACCCAACACUUACACUUGAUCAGUUUUUUACGCAGAGAUACCCUACUAUUUUUCAGGGCUAUCGCACACAGCAACAGGAGGUGGUGGCUGCAGUUGCCGCCUGUAUGGCUACAGCCAAUGAUUUGAGGUUUGCCAGAUCGAUAUCACGUGCUGCGGGAUCUGCCCGAGAUGUAAGGGCAUCUGUAGACAAUAUCAUGGAUGCUCUUAGGCGUGAUUACCCACAGCUUUUUCAAAGUAGUGGUGGUGCUGUUCCACCACCUUCCCCGGUGUUGUAG